AUUUUUACUUCUGGCUAUGCUUUAUCAUUUUAUCUUGAAUCAAACAAGUUUGACAAGAAAGCAUAUAUUUUGGGUUCAGUAGCUCUUCAGGAAGAAUUAAACAAAAUGGGAAUUUCAUCUCUUCCUGUUGGGUUAAAGGAGGAAAGUAAUAUUUCAAAAAAUAACAUUAUGCAAAGAUCCCCAGUUAAGCGAGGAAGACCGCCACUUACAAGAUCGAGAACAGAGAACAAACAAGAUUAUUCAGGUUCUUCAAGCUCAAAACUCAUUACGGACUAUGGAAUACAGUUAAAUAGUGAUUUGCAAGAAGAAAUAAGAGAGUCUAACCAGCAAAAUUUAUUGAGUUCAACAGGUGAGUCAUCUAAUAUUAAUUCAAAUUCAGUUACAAAUCUUGCAAGUCAUUUUGACACUUCUACGGCACUCUUAUGGUCUAAAAUAUCUGAUUUAAUAAAGGACUCUAAUGAUAAACUACUAGAACAAAUGGUCUAUAUAAAAGAAGAUAUAGAAAACAUACGUCAGGACAUACGUGAGUCCAAGGAAAAACAGCUAUACAUGGAGAAGGAAAUUAAAAAUUUACAACAACAAUUAGAACAACAAAAAAGUGAAAACGAACUAAUGCAAUUCAAAAUAGAUUCUUUAAAUAAUGAUUAUAAUUAUAAAAAAGUAAUAGUAUACAAUUAUCCUGUUGAAAAAUCUAUAUCUACAUCAGAAAUAUAUGAGUUUAUGACAAAUGUACUUAAUAUUAAUGACAUAUCCCAAUCUGAUAUAAUAGAAACAAAUUUAAUAACAAAGAAACCUAACAUAGUAGUAAGAAUAAUAUUUAAUAAUAAGCAAAUCCGUGAUAAAUUCUUUUAUACUUUUAUUCAAAAGAAACAACUAAGAAAUACAUCAAAUGAAUGGAAAGACAUGCAAAUGGCACCAGAAUUAACCAAAAACUCAAGAUUAAGAAGGAAAAAGUUACUCCCAAUUUUUUAUGAAUGGCGAAAACAAAAAGAUCAAGUUAAACUUCGUAACGAUAUAUUAAUGAUAAAUCAAGAAAAAAUAACAUAUAGUUUAAAAUUGUGUAAAUUGGUUUAUGUAAACAACUUUCAUCCUUAUAGUGACCAAAUAGAUAUGAACAGCUGAUACCAUGACAAACAAAAAUAUAAUCAUUAUAAUAGAAUCAUAAAAAAUAAUCAAAUGGUUUCCAUUGUAAACUGGAAUGGUCAAGGAAUAAAAAAUAAAAUGUCAUCAAUAGUUAAAAUUUGCACUAAAUACGAACCGGAUAUUUUAGCAAUUACAGAAACUUGGAUUACUUCAAAUUUAUAUUAUAAUAAAAAAUUUUUCAACGAUUAUAUAAUAGAAGCGAUACAAGCACAGAAACCGAUUGGUCCGGGUCGGCCUAGCGGAGGAGUAUGCAUCCUUAUAAAAAAGAACUUUGGGAAAAUAAUUGAUAUAAAAAAAUUCAAUAAUUAUAUGAUAAUUCUUAUCUCACCACUGAAGACUAUCUUAGAAGAUAAAAUUAAUAAAUUCAUAACAUUAUUAAUAGCAUAUAUUCAGCCUGAUGAUUUAAAUAAUUUAAAAAAUUGUUUCAAAGUAUUAGAAAGCUGGAUACAUAUUUCUCCACUCAUCUUAAUAAUGGGAGAUUUUAAUGCAAGGAUUGGUGAAUUAACAGACUCAAAAUAUAAAGGAACCAAUCAAUGCAUAACUAAUAAUCGUAUUUCAAAAGAUAAGCAAACUAAUAGAUUGGGAAAAUAUCUUAUCGAGUUACUAAAGGAACACAGAUUAUUUUUACUGAAUGGUAGAAUGCAACAGGAUAUUCCUGCUGAACACACUUGUUUAACUAAUAUGGGUGCUUCGACAAUAGAUUUCACUAUCUGUUCUGAACAACUUUUGGAUUAUUGUGUGGAAUUUCGAAUUACGAAUCUUGAUAGUUCAGACCACUUUCCUACAAUAGCAAAAUUUCGCUUGUUUCCUUCUGAGAAUUUAAAUAAUAUAGAAAAUUACAACUUCAAGAUAAAGUAUAAACUGGAUAAAUAUAGAUCGGAAAUUGAUACUCGAUUAAAAAAUAUGCCGGAAGUAACUAACUACAAUUGUGAAGAAGUAUAUAAAACAUUCAUAAAUACAAUGAAUGAUUACAUAAUAAUAAGCAAAAAUAAAAAAUAUAUGCAAAAUAAAAAUAUAAAAAUCUGGUAUGAUGGUGAUUGUCACAAAGGAAAACUCCGAAAGCAACAAAAAUUAAAAAUGUAUAGACAAAAUCCUAAUCAUGAAAAUUUAAUUAAUUAUAAAAAUUCCAAACGAACUUAUAAUAACUUAAUUAAUACAAAAAAGAAAAACUACCUUCGCAGAAUUGAAUUAAAUCUGAUUAAUAAUACUAAUAAUAGCAAAGUAUUUUGGAAUACUAUCAAAAGAUUUCGAACAAAAGAUAAUUUAGGAAGUAGUAACAUUGGAAUAAGUUUUGAAAACUGGAAAAAAUUCUAUCAAAAAUUCAUCAUAAACAACAUAAAAAUUCCAACGGAAAGAAAUUACUAUAGUGAUGAGUAUUUAAAUGCUGAUAUGACUAUGAACGAAUUGGAGGAAGUUAUUCAAAAAACCAAGAACAAUACUACCCCUGGAGACGAUAAUAUACCAUCUAAAUUCUUAAAAAUUCUAUCAAUAGAAUCCAAAAUAAAACUAUUGAAACUAUUUAAUACAAUGUACAAAACAUUAUCCUAUCCUGAAUCAUGGAAUUCAAUAAUAAUGACGAUGAUAUACAAAAAGGGAGACCAAAUGUCUCCAGAAAAUUAUAGACCUAUAGCUCUGUUAUCUACACUCAGAAAAUGUUUUACAUCGAUACUGGCAAUAAAAUUUCAACAUUGGAUCAAAACCUAUGAGUUGGAAGCAGAAUUUCAGUUUGCUUAUACAAAAAAUAAAGGCACCGAAUCUGCAAUAUUUACCUUAAUGAUGAUUAUUCAAAUAUAUUUAGUUAAAAAACAUAGAAAAAUAUAUGCCGCAUUUAUAGAUAUAACAAAGGCAUUCGACUCAGUAUAUGUACCACUACUACAACAAAAACUUAAGGAAAAUGGUGCAAGUUCCCAAUUUAUAGAAACAAUAUCAUUACUAUUUCAAAAUUACAAAAUAAAGAUUAAGCAAAAUAAGAAUA